CCUCGCCAUUGCUGCAGAGGAGAAGCUCCGAUCGGCGAACGGGGAUGGACCUGAGCUCCUCCAUCUCCACAGUUAGGAGACACACGUCAAAGAUCGCACCUUUGGCUUCUACCCCGGUGUUGUUUAUACUCCUCUCGUCCCUCGCUUCGACGGCAGAAGCUUACGAUCCGCUAGACCCGAAUGGGAACAUAACAAUCAAAUGGGAUGUUAUGCAGUGGGCGCCAGACGGCUAUGUUGCUGUUGUUACGAUAUUCAAUUUCCAGCAAUAUCGCCACAUCCAGGCACCUGGGUGGAUGCUCGGAUGGACAUGGGCAAAGAAGGAGGUGAUCUGGUCUAUGGUAGGAGGGCAAGCUACCGAGCAGGGUGAUUGCUCAAGGUUUAAAGGGAACAUUCCACAUUGCUGUAAGAAGGAUCCAUCCGUUGUUGAUCUGCUUCCUGGAACUCCAUACAACAUGCAAAUUGCCAACUGCUGCAAGGGGGGCAUAAUUAGUUCGUGGGUUCAGGAUCCCGCCAAUGCCGCAAGUUCAUUCCAGAUCAGUGUGGGUGCAGCAGGCACAACCAACAAGACUGUCCGUGUGCCCAAAAACUUCACUCUGAAGUCUCCCGGCCCCGGGUAUACAUGUGGAGCUGCAAAGAUUGUAAAACCUAGUAGGUUUGUCUCGCAAGAUGGAAGAAGAACCACCCAAGCUCUGAUGACAUGGAACGUUACAUGUACAUACUCCCAGUUUCUUGCUCAGAAGACACCUACAUGCUGUGUAUCGCUUUCAUCCUUUUACAAUGAUACGAUUGUCAAUUGCCCAACAUGCUCCUGUGGAUGCCAGAAUAACAUAACCCAACCGGGUAGCUGCGUCGAGGGAGAUUCGCCGUAUUUAGCUUCUGCAAUCAACGGUCCUGGAAAAAGCAGUUUUACACCUUUGGUCCAGUGCACAUCACAUAUGUGCCCAAUAAGAGUGCACUGGCACAUCAAACUUAACUACAGGGAGUAUUGGCGCGUAAAGAUUGCAAUAACAAAUUUCAAUUACCGCAUGAAUUACACACAGUGGAACCUCGUUAUCCAGCAUCCCAACUUUGACAAUCUCACUCAAAUCUUCAGUUUCAAUUACAAUUCACUGACCCCAUAUGGAGGCAUAAAUGAUACUGCAAUGCUUUGGGGCAUCAAAUACUACAAUGACUUGCUGAUGCAGGCAGGACCCUCUGGAAAUGUACAAUCAGAACUUCUGUUCCAAAAGGAUGCAUCAGCCUUCACCUUCCAGAAAGGCUGGGCUUUUCCGAGGCGAAUAUAUUUCAACGGCGAUAACUGUGUCAUGCCGCCUCCAGAUGCAUAUCCAAGGCUACCAAACGACAGCCCUCAACUCAAAGGGUCUUUAUGUCUUCCGGUGAUCAUUCUUUGGGCCACUUUGACUUGGUUGCUGAUUUAUGUUCAAUAGAACCUUGGGCUCCUCGAGAAUUUCCGACUUAUUUCUUCUCUCAACACUGACCAGUGGAAAGUUGUCCGAAACAAGAAGAUGAGGAUUUGCUCUCCUACAGAAGCAGUUUGGUCUGCAGUCCAAAAAAAUUGCUUCUACUGUAAUGUAAAUUAACUGCUUGGAUUCCAUUCAUUCUUGCAAACUUUUGGUUUCUUGUAAUUUACUUUUUGGUUUCUCAGAUGUUUGCAAGAGAAUGAAGUCCAGAACAAUCUGUAUCUAGUAAGAUUCAUAAAGAAGUGAACUGUUUGCUGCG